AUGGCUCGAACCAGUCUCAAGUACCUGUCACGGCAGAUAGAGGCUGAAAAAUCCCUGAAGCACCUAGGAACCGUGAGUGUCAGCCUCGAUGCCCUGUCAUUUCCACAGUCGGGGGGGAACAUCAGUUCGGAGCUGAGAUGCGCACUGAUCGAUGAAUACACCAACGAAAAGAAGCCAGACGAUGGCGAGUUCUACUACAAGAUUCGGGAGUUGCAAGGGCGUUUCGGGACAAAGAACUUGUAUUUCGAGAUGCGGUGGUGGGCACGUCUAGCCUCAUCAUCAGAAUCGACCAACAAGAAGGAAAGACUUCAGCAACUUUACAACCACCCGCAAUUCGCCCCAGCGUUUGACUCGUUCCAAAAUAUCCCGGCAUUACAGCUGCUUCUCCACUGCCUCGAAGACAUGAGAAACUUUUAUGAUCAUGUAUUUGAAAAGAAGGAAAGUGCUAUGCGAAGACUUACACGAGAAGACGUGGAGGCUAUACAGCUGAGCGCACCUGGCGCAUCGGCUGAGGAUGCCGACAGGCUUCGCGGACGCAUCAAGGGCGGUAUGAUUUUCAAAGCCUUUACCGAUCAAGAGAGAGAGAGCAUAUGGAUCAAUCUUUGUGAAGCCACUAAAGACUGUUUGACACCGUCUCUUUUCGGGUUUUUCGAGAAUUUGAAGUACCUCCAGGGGCCGUCAGACUGCAUGAAGCUAAUAGUACGGCCACGGCGCCGCGAGACUAUACAAUCUGCCCUGGAAGAGGUGUUCUCGGAGCCUUUGCCUCCAGCCGUUGGAUGUCCGGUCCAAACAUCCAACGCCUCUUUCAAAAUCGCGCAUCCCUGUGUUUCGGAUCAGUUGGAUAUUAUGUAUCGACAACUCUGGCUUUUUGCCUUGAGGGAGUACCGAGACAUGCCAAAACAGAGUAAAAGGAAGCUGGCAGGAGUCAAAGAAGGCGAAGUUGACUCCACAGUGUUGUUUUCAUUCGCCUCCGUCGCCGAGGGCUUUGGUUUCCGCACUGAGCAGACUCAGGAAUUACGGCGACGCAACCCAGACCAAGAAAUGAUCCUUCGGUUCCUCCGCACAAUUAGGAAGCCGGAUCAAUACAAUUUCGAGAGCCUUGAUGACAGCGUGGCGCAGGUUAUUCAUGUCAUUAGCAAAGCAGAGCCCCUGCCUCAGCAUGGCGUUAUGGAGCUAGACGUGGACAAUGUCGCAGUAGCACUGCCAACCCGCUGUGGAGUUCUGAAUGACCUUGAUCAACGUCGAGACAAGUCAUCAAUGUUCUUGCACAAACUACACAAACCUAUCGCGCUACAAGGCACAUCGCUGACCUCCUUCUUUAUCCAACGAUCGAUCUACUUUUCAUUCUUCGGUAAGACCAUUAACAUCGAUAUCAGCAACCUACAAGAGUUUCCAGAGAGCCAUCCAUGGAAUCAGUUCCCUCUUGCGCAAAGACAGCCAUUGAGGAGCCUGGAAGUAGAUCAUACCAACGAUCCAGACUGUCUACAGCCAAUGGCAGUGACAGAGGCUUCCAAUGUUAUGUCCAAUUGGGAAGAGCGUUGCCAAAAAGCGGAAGAAAAUGCGCAUGCUGCAGAAAAUCGACUACUGAACCUAGCGAAAGAAGAAGAGGAGACAAAUUUACGGUUAAAUCGACUAAAAGAACAGGAAGAGAAACUCAGUGAGAGAACUCGAGAACUGGAGCAACUUCAGCAUAGUCUUGACGAGGGGAUAAGAGCCAAUCGACUAGCAGAUAGCAACGCCAUCAAUGCAGAGGCAGCGGAACAAAGGGAAGUUUCCGAGCUCGCAGAAAAUGAGACAAGUCUUCAAAAUAGGCUAAACGAACUCACACGGAGAGAGAAUGACAAGAUUUCUUCCCUGGAAAGACUCGAAGAAGAAAAGAAAAGGCUCCAGGCAGCACUGAAAGACCUUGAUUAUAGCGUUGGCUCACUGAGGACGCAAGAACAAGACCUGAAAUCGCAAACUGAACAGUCAACGAAGAACGAGGACCAGAAUCUGGCGAAAGCCAGUCAUGAAGAGGCUCAAAAGCAGUCUGACAUUACCUCUAUACUACACUGGUGUGCCAUGAAGGUCAGCAUUGCCGCUGCUAAACUGCUCUGGCGUCGUUUGCUGGUCAGAGGGGGCCAUGGCGACGGGGUCGAAGUGGUGUCGGAGGUGGCGGUGCCAGGGCAGGCCUCCCAGACUGGCCAAUGUGAGGGUCUCACGCCUCAAUCAGGCUAG